GACUCAGCACUCGGCUCUGCCGAGAGCCACUCGCCAGCCAGUCAGCUCCUUAGUAACUUAUUCUGCUCUGUAGUUCGGUGCGAGGGGAGGUCAGGCCCGUCGUCCUCCAUGCCUGUGAUCAUAGGUGCUCCUCCGUCUGUUCACUGGAUCUGGAUGGACUUGACUGGGGGUACUGGCUUCAUGGAUGUGGCCUGAGAGUGUGUGGCUUUGAGCGGGUAUCCCAAGUUCGGUCAGCUGGUUGGUACAUGGUGAGAAUCUUGAUCGUACGGGCCCGAGACCCUGCCAAACAAGAUCUGCCAGUGUCCAUGCAUUCAAAGAGUGGACUACAAUUCCCAAGUUCGAAUCAUUCCAAGUGGUUUGUCUCAUUCCAUUGUUGGAAAACGUCCGGUUAUUAUCUCCCGCCCUUGACUUGCUCAUUUGGACUCUCGCUCUUCUUCACGCCCACAGAUUCGGAUUGUCUAUCCAGGUGACUAAGCGCAAUUGAAACGCCACCGCCCACCCCCGCAUUUGAUACAGUUGGAUUUUCAUUCAUGUUGGUGGCUUGCUGACACCACCCACGGGAUCCAAAUGCCCUCAUUGAGUUCCGUGUUUCACGACUCUAUUGUCCUUCGACGAUCCGGAUUGGAUCGCCAUUUGACGGCCAAGUGGUUCCAUCUCACUUGGGAACUUCAUUGCUACCUCAUCCAUUUGUCAGCCCCUCGGGAAAGUAAUCAAACCUCUUGUUAGGAAGAGAAGCUAGUGGAAGUAGAGGUGAUUAAAUCGCUAUACAGCAUUGUCAUUUGUUUGGAGUGAGUGUGUGCCACAGAGUGAUUGCCAAACCUGCAUACAAGUAGUGAUUCAUUGCAAUUACUGUCCCUCGUGCCGCCGUCAAAAUGGCCUUGAACCUAGUGGGCAUGGCUCUAAAGGCCUCGGCACAGCGAGCUCUAUCCUUGACGGUGAACCAGUCGGCAUGCUCUUCAAUUGGCCAGUGGGGUUCCCGACACUUAUCCACCCGGUCAGAAGCCCAGAUCUAUCCACAAACCGAACCUGUGCGACAAGUGUUCAUAUCUCAGUCGUCAGAUAUCUUCACGAAUUUGGCUUUAGAGGAUUGGCUGUACCGUCACCACGACUUCAAGCGAAGGCAUCUUCUCCUGUUGUGGCGAAAUGACCCUUGCGUUGUUAUUGGUAGACAUCAAAACCCCUGGACCGAAUCGAACGUGCCUUAUAUCCGGAACUCGGAUGUGGAUUUGGCUAGACGCAACAGUGGCGGUGGCACCGUUUUUCAUGACAUGGGCAACAUCAAUUGCACCUUCUUCACACAAAGAUCCGAAUAUCAUCGAAAGCACAACUUGGACGUGAUCUGUUCGGCCAUUUGAAGGUUGACCGAUUUAAAUGUUAGCGUUAAUAAACGUGAAGAUAUCGUCUUGGAUGACAAAUAUAAGAUAUCUGGUACAGCCGCCAAGUUGGGUAAGGAUAAUGCUUACCAUCAUUGCACUGUUCUUGUGGAUGUGAAUGAAUGUGUUCUUCACGAGGCUCUCAACUCCAAAGCAACCGGAGUCGAAACGCGUGCCACUCAAAGUGUGCGAGUGCCCGUGAAGAAUGUGUGCGCUGUGGACCCCUCUGUAGAUGUGGAAUCGUUGCAAGAGUCUUUGGGCUGGGAAUUCCUUCGGACUUCCUUGGAUGGGCAAGAUGGCGGAAUGGAAGUGGCUUGUCAGCAGAGAGGGUUCCAAAUGAUACGCCCAGAUGAGAGCUGGUUCCCAGGAAUCACCAAACUGAGAGAGGAACUCCAAAGCCACCAAUGGAUUUUUGGCAAAACCCCGAAGUUCAAGAUCUCCAAACGCUUUGAUCUUCCCGAGAAGUUCUUCUCCUCGGUGUGCUCGGUGAAUUCGCCCGAAAUCGUGGUUGAACUCGAGGUCAAUCAAGGCACCAUUCAGAAUGUUCGAAUUCAACUGCCCUUCGGCCUUUUGGACGCUGAUUUUGACAUCUCGACCCUUAUGCACGGAUUGCCUUUUGGUGCGGACCUCCCCAGACUAGUCGAGGACAGACUUCUCGCUCAGUCUCAUGAGGAUCCGGCCACGAGGGACAAAAUUGAAUUCCUCGCCAAUUGCGUGGAAAAAUUGACCCGUGACGUGGUUUAAGCAACCAAUAGAAAGGCUAGUGGGUCUGUUAGUAAGUGAGCGACUGAGCCCGUGUGUUCGCGAAUGAAUGAGUCAAUGUUUGAGUCAAUGGAUUAACAUUUACAUAAAGUGAGAAAGACAGAACCGAAAGAAAAGACACAACUGUGUGGUGCAAGUUGGGGUCAAAUAGUCAUCCUUGUAUUUUUGAUACGAUUCCUCUUUUCUAAAUUUAUAGAUCGCUCAUGUUCAGUCUGAAAAUAAUAUGCCAUUAAAUCCUACCCUGAACGCAGGUAUCAGAUAUCUGAGUUGUCGGAACAACGUGCAA